ACACGUACGAGACCUCACCACACGGCAAAAGUCAAUCAACCUCUCUCCUUUCACCAUCUCCACAAUUUCCCCCAAUUCUCCAUCCUUUUUAUUAUUUUCGAGAGAGAAAGAGAUAGGAGGAUAGAGAGAGAAGACCCGACCCGAUUCCCCCUUCGUCUUCUUUCUCUCUCCCUUCAAUUUCAUCUCUCUCUCCCUCUCUCCAUAUCUCUCUCUCUCUCUCUCUCUCUGAUUAGUAUCGUAAAAAAUGAAUCAGAAAGCUAAUGUUACCAAAGAGCUCAAUGCACAGCACCGCAAGAUAUUGGAAGGGCUUCUUAAAUUGCCAGAAAAUAGGGAAUGUGCUGACUGCAAAGCCAAGGGUCCUCGAUGGGCUAGUGUGAAUCUAGGCAUUUUUAUCUGCAUGCAAUGUUCUGGAAUACACAGAAGUCUUGGGGUUCACAUAUCAAAGGUGAGAUCUGCAACACUUGACACAUGGCUUCCAGAGCAGGUUGAAUUCAUUAGAUCGAUGGGAAAUGAAAAAUCUAAUAGCUACUGGGAGGCAGAGCUUCCGCCAAACUAUGACAGAGUUGGGAUUGAAAAUUUUAUCCGUGCAAAAUAUGAAGAUAAAAGAUGGGUUGCCAAGGAUGGAAGACCAAAGUCACCUGUUAGGGAGCAAGUUGAGCAAACCUCUGCUCAGUGGCAGAAACCUGCUGAAAGAAGUAGUUAUGGAUAUAACAGGAAUCCCGAAAAAGUUGCAGAGGACAGAAAGAAAUAUCAGCCGCGCAGUUCUAAUAGCAGCAUUCCUGCUGCAAAAAUCAGUCUACCUGUGCCCCCAAAAGGACCUGAGCCUGUUGCUUCAGCACCAAAGCCUCAAACGGUGAUGCACACAACGGAGCCAGCAGUGCCCUCUGCUGAUCAAGUCAAGCAGGUUCCUGAAGCUGUUUCUCCACCCAAAGUCGAUUUUGCUACUGAUCUUUUUAACAUGCUGUCGAUGGACGGUUCUGCUGAGAGUGGCGCAGAGACACUUUCCGCGGAUGAUAAUGGGUGGGCUGGUUUUCAAUCUGCUGCAGGAGGUUCAAACACUGAGAAAGCAACCUCAGCAGAACCUGUUAAUAACAAGAUUCAUUCUUCAUCUGGAUUAGAAGAUCUAUUUCAAGAUUCACCUUCAGUCACACUCCCUAGCAAAGAACAGAAACCUAACAAGGAUGUUAAAACUGAUAUUAUGAGCCUUUUUGAGAAGUCCAAUACCAAUAUGGUGUCGCCAUUUGCUGCGCAUCAACAGCAACUUGCAAUGUUAGCUCAACAACAGUCGCUUCUUAUGGCUGCUGCUGCUAAAUCUGGUGGUCACAUGCCUGCAAUUCCUGGAAAUGUGCAACAACCAGGACCUAAUGGUAACGGUGUGCCUUCUCAAAAUUGGCCCAAUUUUGGGUAUCAGAUUCCUGGGAUGAUUCCUGCUGCAGGAAUUAUGCAGAUGGGAAAUACAGGACCAACAUAUCCAGUUGGGAAUCCAGUUCCACUCCAAGAUUCCAGCUUUUAUGGCAUGGGACAAUUUACUACAGGAAAUGGUGUGGCACCUUCGGCAACAACAAAAUCACAAUCAGCGUCUGCUCUACCAUCUGCAUCUUCAACACAAAAAGGAAACGAUUUUGACUUUUCCUCACUAACACAAGGGAUGUUCUCGAAACCUUAAGUAUUAUUCAAAGGUUGUUGGUGUUGGAAUAUUGGAAAUAUACAACAAAGACGUAGGUUUUUCGGAAAUUUUUCCCUAUACACUUGGGACUGUAAACUACCUGUACAAGAGGCCUGUCGUGUUUUCUUCCCUAUCUGUGUGGUAGCGCAACUGUACCAAAAUAGGUUUAAAAAAAUUAAUAAGCUGGGUUUACUUUUUCUUUGAAUGUUUUCUACGUCAUGUCCUUCAAGAGAUCAUGAGCACAAGGAAGAAAUUUAUCUGAUUUAUUAUGUUAUUUAGAUUGAUUUGUUUGUUGCAUAUGAAGUUGUCAUGGUAUUAUGUGGUUUCAAUUGUUGAAACGAUUCUAUCCUCAAUAAAGCUUUUAUGUGCCUUGAUUGCUA